UUUAUAUCAUAUUUAUUAGUAUUUCAGAAAUUAGUAUAAACAAUUGAUCACUGGCCUAAACAGUCAAAUUGAAUAUUAUUUUCUCAUAGAAUAGAAAUACUAUUUCUUUACAAAAGAUAUUUUUUCUUAAUACGAAAUUUUUAUACAAGAUCAUUGAUUGAUAUAAUUUCAAUGUUUUUAAUUUUCGAUAUCCUUUUUAUUUUAUUUUCUAUUUAUUAAGUUCAAUCACAUCAUCACUAGGAACACAGUCAUAUUGAGUGGGUUAAUUCAAUUCAGUAUUCUUGCUAUUCAGGACAUAAAGUCACUGGAAUAUUUAUGCUUUACUAGUUACAUAUGUUAAGUUAUUACUCAACUUCUAGAUGGAAGAAUCAUCUCUAUGAAUAAAACAAUAUUCUUCUAUUUAUAUUCGAAGAAUUAGGUAAUAUGAAUAUUAAUUUGUUAAAUUGAAAUGUUAAAGAAUAUUAAUAUUUUACGAUUCUCUUAAAUUCUUAAAUUAGUAAUUUAAUAUUGUUUACUAGUUAUUCUCUGUUCAAUUUUCUUACAACAACACGAGAAAGAUAUAAGGAAAAGGGCCAGGUACGUUCACUCACUCAUAAAAGCAAAUAACUUCAUAAUCGUGAUUUCUAUAAAUUAUAGUAAUUUAUUGAAUUACGGUAAUCGUGCAUGAAACCAACGCACGAUUUAAUAACUGGGUCAAUAAAAGAAAAUGUAAAUACAUAAUAUAAUUUAUCAUUAAAUAAUUGCAAGCUAUCGGAGAUAAUCUUAUAUUAUGUAUGUAACCUAUAAAUUAUGUAUUAACAAUCUUGCUGUCGAACUUGAAUAAAUAGUUCAUAGAUAGUAUUCGGUGUUGCGUUUCAUCAAAAGCAGCUUUUUCUGUCACCCAACACGCGAUCCAGCCUACACAAUGUCCCACGCUAGAAUUACUUUCGAACUCGUGUUAGAAGGUGAAAUCGAAUCAUAUCGAAUCGAAUUUCGAAGAGCUUCCGCAGAAUCGACAACCGUAACGAAAUCGUUAGUUUUUCCCUCUGUGAGUUUGCGUGCAUGGCAAUAAUUUACGGAAAUGCGAGAAUCAUGAUCGUAAAUUUUAUAUCAAAGAAAUGCAGCAACAUGUAGUAUUCUCACGCGAAUUUCGAUCCAAAAAAGGACUAAAAAGAAAGUUAUAUACAUAUUAAGGAUGUUAUUGUUCUAAUCAAAUAGUUGAAUUAUUAUGAAAUAUUUAUUUAUUGUAUGAAUAUAAAAGGAACAAAGUUCUGUUGAUUCUGCAGUCUAUGUACAUAUAGUAUAGAGGCUAUCAUAAAAUUUCUGUCAAUGGUGUGACAACAUAAGAAGAAAUUAAUUCAUUCGUGAACUUAUUUGAGGAGAUGUCAGACGGUAGUCCUGGCAGACGCACGUUCGAUAACCCUACAAGGUACCGUUGGCUAAACCGGAAGUGGAGAACACGGGUAUACGGUGCGACGAAAUUGCUCGGGACCUUCGCCACGGAACGAGAACCAGCUGGACCAUCGAGCUGAUCGCUCUUAUCGCGAUUUCCAGCACCCUUUUCCUCUUUUUGCACACAAGAGAGCUGCAUUCGCGUCUGCGAAAAAUGGAAGUUCGCCUUCAACCUGGAGAAGACGAGAUCCUGUCGGCAAAUCAACUCUCAUCCGAAGGAGUGCAAACUGAUUCUAGUCCAAGUGGAAUCGUCCAUUACCCAAACAGACAUCGUAUCUUCGCAAUAAAGUACAAAGAAACUGAAGUGUUGGACAUUGACGCACUCAACAACACAAAAAGAGCGGACCGGAGCGUCCUGUUCUUCAAUCGUGUACCGAAAGUGGGCUCUCAAACCUUCAUGGAACUCUUGAGAAGGCUGUCCAUGAGGAAUGGCUUUUCCUUCAACAGAGAUCGUGUGCAAAGAGUCGAAACAAUUCGUCUUGCGCCUAUCGAACAGCUACAACUCGCCAGGAUGGUCAGCAGCUAUUCAGAACCAUCUGUCUAUAUAAAACACGUGUGUUUCACAAACUUCACAGAAUUCAACCUGCCACAGCCAAUUUACAUCAACAUAGUCCGGGAUCCUGUUGAGAGAGUGAUAUCCUGGUACUAUUACGUGCGAGCACCUUGGUAUUACGUCGAGAGAAAGCAAAUAUUUCCAGACCUACCACUGCCGGAUCCGAACUGGCUGAAGAAGGACUUCGAGUCCUGUGUACUUAAGGCGGACCGUGAAUGUAGAUACCUCGAGGGUGAAAUUCACGAGGGAAUCGGCGAUCAUCGCAGGCAAACGCUUUUCUUCUGCGGUCACAGCGAGAAAUGCACCCCGUUCAACACAGUGGGCGCACUGGAACGAGCGAAGAUGGCAGUGGAGAAACACUAUGCGGUCGUCGGAGUGCUCGAGGACGUAAAUACCACUCUCACGGUAUUGGAAAAUUAUAUACCCCGAUUUUUCCGAGGCGCCACUGACGUCUACUACGAUGAGGUGAACGCGUUCACGAGGAUCAAUCGAAACUUCUUCAAGCCACCAGUCAGCGAAGAAGUAAAGGACAUAGUGCGAAGCAAUUUCACCAGGGAAAUCGAAUUCUAUCAGUUCUGCAAGCAACGACUAUACAAACAGCUGAGGGCAUUGAAGUUGACCAAAACCACGCCUCUGUACGAAAGCAAUAGCUUGUAACUAUUUGCAAUGUGUUUAUUCGAUCCGUGAAAGUAUCGAGUAACUCGUCGAAUUUUCUUUUAACUACGUGAGAAUUUUCCUUCGAGGAAGUCGAUAAAGAGCGAAGUAUCGAGAACAUCAGGAAUGUUUGAUAAUUUGUCGAAUUUUCUUUUGAUAAUGGAGAAUAGAAUCGAAGAAUUCUUACGGAUGUCGAAAGUAUGUAAUUCGUCGAAAAGAAUGUUCGUUGGAGAAUGUUGAAAAUGACAAAUAAUUCGUGAAAAAGAUUGAGAGCGUUAUGAAUGAUAAACGAUUCGUCGAGAUGGUUUAGGAAGUUCAAAAUGAUAAAUAACUUGUCGAGAAAGAUUGAGAACACUGAAAACGAGAAAUAAUUUGGUCGAAUUAUCGUUUGAUAGACAUCGAUGCAGGAAGAAUCUCAAAGAUGUUCGAGUUGGCCUCGAAAUUUUGGUGAUGUUGGCGACAAACGUAUGUCGAGUAAUAGGCGAUAACGAUUAGACGCAGAUGUAGAUGUUUGUCAGGGAAGCCACUUGCGCAUGGAAGCGACGUUAAAAGAGAAAUCGAAGGAAAAAGAGAAAUUAGAAUCAUUGCCUUUAGGAGAGGAUCGUGGCAGAUUCUCUUGAUUUAAUAUCUUUAAAUAUAUUAAUAAAUCGAUCAGCGUGAUGGAUCGUAACGAACGAUUGUUCCAGUAAGCAAUAUCUUAUGUGAUUCACGGCAGUGAGUGCUUUCAAUUCAGGACGCUUCGAUCGAGUGCCUAGUUUUUUAUUUUGUGAUCGUUUUCCCUGUAUAAUCGCGUAGCUUAAGAUAAACGGUGAUAUAAUCGCUGAACUUAAUUAUACGAACGAGAGAGCAAGUACUUACGAGACGAGGCAUUAAGAAAUAUUUAUUUAAAUAUUUAAAUAUUUAAAUAAUUGAUGGGAUGUUAUCGGUUAUUGCGUAAAGAAAAAGAUGCAACGAGUGUUUCUGAACGCGCGACAUCAUGGCGCUAUUUAGAUCGCUUCUUUCGUUGAUAAUCCAUGGAAGAAUGUUGUAAAGACUGAUGAGGAAGACAAGAAGAGAGAGAGAGAGAGAGAGAGAGAGAGAGAUUGCUUUUUAUCGAAGGAUACUUAAUUAUUUGCAACGACAGAAGCACACAGGGUAACCAUUAGAGUAUUGCUUUCCAGACGACAUAGCCGUUUUUUAAUGUCGACUUAAGCCGUUUUUUAAUGUCGACUUAAGCCGUUUUUUAAUGUCCACUGUUUUCCUUCCUUUUUUUCGUAAUAAACAGCUGCCAUUUUCGAACAACGUGAUUUCUUUUCUUUUUUCUCCACCUGAAUUCUACUCGACACAUUGGUUGCUGCUAAAAUAUAGUGAUCUCUUUUCCAACAAAUGUAUAGCUUUUUGAAAUGUGAAUUUUGAAAUGAAAUCUCUAGUUUAAGCAAGUUUAAUAUCAUUGUUUUGUAUGCCUUUCUGGCUGUAAAUUAUUUUGUUAGGACGCGUGAAAAUGAAAGAGCAACAGUUACGUCAUUAACGUUACUUAAAGUCUGACAAUUAAAUUUUAAAUAAGAAAAUUACAGUUAAGUAUUUAGAUAAUUAAAUUGACGUAAUUGCGCCAGUAGCGACGAAUGUGUUAAAUGUGUAAAAAGGAUUAAAAAUUAACUUUAGGUGUCUUUCGUUGAUAUGAAGAACAAUGUGGAACAUCAGAAGUUUUCCUCUCGUGUAAAGAUAUUGUUAUAUCAUUCUUAUCGACAAGAGAAACAUAAAAUUACUAUAAGAAUUCUUUUUUCUCAAUCUAUAACGAUAUCCAUCUAUUCUUACUACAGCGAAAGAAUGUGAUACAAAUGAAAUUUCUGUCUGCUUCUAUAUGAACGUUUACUGUACAUAUACACUCUGCGACAAAAUUACAAGGCAUUUAUUAUUUAUUUAGAAAAAAAGAUUUUAAUGGAUAAUAUCAUAUAAAUACAUAAUUUUGUAGAACCACCAAAGUACAACUAUUGAACUACUUCAGUAAAUAGAUAUAUUGCGAUAAAAAUAUUUGUAAUAAUUCCAAUUUAAAUAGAGAUUAUUUACAAUUGCAGAUUUCUCAAUGAAAAACAGUGCGACGAAACUAUAAGACACGGAAUACUUUUUUGCAAAAUAAAUGGAAAUUUAUAUUUACUUAUUAAUAGCGUGUAGUACCAUUUUUGUUUCUCGUAACUUUUCACAAUCUUCAGAUCCGGCGAUCUAGCGAGCCAUGAUGAUACUUCAAUAUCUUCUGUUUCCGAAUUUAGCGUACUUUACGUGAAUCGUCGUGAUUUGAAAAAUAAAAUUUUCUACAGCCAUUUGACAGGCAUAUUCGAUUAACAGUUCUUGGAUUGUUUGAAAUAUAUUUUACUGCUCAUUUUAUUAGAAACAAACUUGAUAUUGCUCUUACCAGUGUAACUUAUAGCUAUCCACACCAUAAUACCUCCUCCACCAAUUUGUCUUUCCUGUCCAAUAAGAUUUUGUUUUCUCACCCAGCAGAAUGUUUUUUCAAGUACAUACAGUUUCUUAUUUCUUUUAGAUAGUUACAUAUAGCACAGCGGCUCCUUUUUAAUAUGCGCGCUGCUUCUGCCGAUGAAACCAUCCUUUUCUUUUCCUUUUUUUUUCUUUUUCUUACGAGUUACCAAUUAGUUUGCUUCUACGAGACAUUUUACAAUCAGAGUGUAUUUAAUACUAGAAAUAACAAUCGCCAUAAGAUAGCACGUUCAACAAUAUGAAACCAAUUACCGCAGUGAAAAUCACACGAAUCACUUUGUAUUACGUUCUGAGCCCGUUAGCAAACAACAAUCAUCUUACAAUUUUGUCGCGGAGAACACAACAUGUUUACGUGCAUUGUCUGAAUUCUUGGAAUUAUAGACUUCGGUAUUUCUGUAUAUAGAACUGAACAGUAUGCUUCCAUACGUAUAAAGCAAACAAUAACACUACGAAUGAAGGAGGAAGAAAUCAACGAGUUCUAACGACGAGCCAAGUAUAAUCUCCCUUGAUUCUCGUGUACUUGCUUAUAAUGUUACUUUUACUUCGACAUAAUUAUAAGCGCAAAAGAAUAGAAGAUUAACAAUCUAAUUGGAUUUUCAGCAGUUGCGAGAUUACAAAGUUAAAAGAAAUAUUUCUUAAUUAUUCUAAUUAUUUGUUUACCCUUUUCUUUGUUACCUUAGUAUUCCCUCUAUCUAUCACAGCAUUUUUAUAGCUAUCGUAGUAUCUGUCAUAACAGGAACACUGCUGCUUGAUCGUCGUUCCAAGGAUAUUUUAUUUUUAAAAUACGGAGAUCAUUCAUUCAUCGUAUGACUGUUAUUGCUUGAAAUAAAUAGAACAUCGUAGUAGAAGUUUGUUUACUCACUUAGUUUGGAUAAGUUGGUAAUUAAUAUCAGUAUUUAUGAUUAAUAUAAUUCAGAUUAACAUAAUGUUUAUAAAAAAGAUUGUGUGAAAGGUGAAUGAUCGAACAAGUAACAAACAUAGAAUAGAAUAAACCGAUUUUUACUAGUUCCACAAAAUCUUCUUCUGGCACGUAGUCUUUGUAUCACACGUUCUUUAAAAAUUAGAGAAGAUAUUGGUAUCGUCUGCAAAAGUCGAGAAUAAUAUAUAAUUAAUUUAAUCGUUUGUCGAACAAUAUCGUGUGUCCGGCUAUAACUUCGUGACAAAACAUUUGUGGAUUUUAUUUAUAAACCAACGGGUCUAUAGCAAAUAAUUGAUUGCUUUAAUAAGCGUAACGCAAUCGACGAUAAUUGUGUCAGGCCAGAUUACGACUUUAACUAAAAUUCACUGGAAAACAUAUCGAAUUCGCCACCAACAAAGUUCGUGCCGUGUAUUACGAAUAUAGAUUAAGUUUCCAAAAGCUACAACGCUUGUGCAAUGCAAAACAAUGCAAACUCGAUACACGAGCUAAACUUGGCACCGCUGAAAGUACUCUAAAAAUACACGUGGAAUGUUGGCCUAACCGGAAGGUAGAGUUCAAUUAUUUUCAACCGCUCGAUUAUUCUGUAGCUUGCGACGAAAAAUUAUACUAUGAUUUGCUGCUUUGUAUAAAAACAAAAAAAUGAAUAAAAUGAUCUUUGUCGUUGUUAUACAUAAUCGAGAAGCUCAGUGUACAAGGGAUACACGUUGUAAUGGAAAUACAGAGACAUAACAAUUUGGACAUUUUGAUAAAAAGUUAAAUCGAAUAAAAAGUUAUUGGAUCAAUUUUUAUUGUUAUUUUGUAUGUUUCUUUUUCAUUUACCAAAUGAAUGCGCCAGUAACUCAAAAUUAAGAUUACAAAUUUCUUCAAAAUAUGGGAAAACAAAAAUUGAUGAAUUAAUAAUUUGUUAAAAGUAAAAUAUAAUGGACGUUAUUAAAUAAUAUAAAUUUUAUAAUUAAAAGCAUUGGAUAGCAAUUGCCAUUUAUCGUUAUUUCUUUCCCUGUGAAAAUUAUUUUUUCUAAAAAAUUAUUUUUAUCGAGCGUUCGAUUGAUUCUUCGAAACUGGAUUGUACAUGUCAUUUCCAUAGACUAUUUUUUCUUUCUUUAGGGGCUUAACGUUUUUUGGACGUAGAUAAAGUAAAAAAUGAAAGAAUACUGUGCCGCGAAGAAAACAGUGACAUCGUGCAAUUCGUGGAAUCGCAACGUACCUCGUUCUAUCUGCAACCCAAGUGAUAAACUUAAGGUUUAAAGUAACCCCAGAUUGCCAGGUCACACUUACCGAUAAUAAAUCUUCAAUUAGCUUUACUUAUAAAAAUAAGUUUCGUGCUUCUGCGUCAUUUUUACUCGACAAUUGUUUUAAAUAUAAUAUCUCGCAUAUAAGGUUCUAAUAAAAGAAGAUCAUGCGUGAGCUGAAUCUGACACUUGCCUUUACAUUGUUUUUACAAUCGAUCGAACGAUAUCCUCCAAGCUAAACAUAUAACUAUUUUCUCUGAGAUAUAUCUAUAUAUUAUGAUUAGUUCGUUCGAAAUUUACUCAAUUGACAUAUAUUCAUUGUCUUUUAUUAUUACAAAUAUCGAAGGAGAAUAUUGCCAUUAGACAUCAGUUUACUAUUACUUUAAACAAUAUCAGAAACAGAUUUGUCUGUCUUGUUCAUGAUUGAAAAUUCUUUAGAGUUAACGAUCUCUUUGCUCGAAUUAUUACCAUCAGCCGAAAUCUAUAGGCAACGAAAUACAAUUUUUAAUAACAACGAUACAGAGGUGUAACAGAAACCUAAUGAUAAAAUCAAACUGAUUUCUAUUUCCAAUCUGUAUUUUUACAAUUGACUGUGAGAAACUUCAAAAGAAAGGAAAAGAAGACAAAUUUGUAUUUUCAAUCGUGCAUAAAAUAAUUAUAAACAACGAUAAAUAAAAUGUAACCCGUACGAUCGAUCUACUAUAAUACAUUUGUAACGAUUAAAUUUUCCAAUCGGACCGAAUUAUAGUAAACGAGAUUGUAGUAAAUCGAAACUCUUAAACUAAAUCUAAAUUAAUAUGAAACAACGUUAACAUUCCAGAAAUAUCUUACAAGGAUAGAAGAAGAGACUGUCGAUCGGUCUUCCAUUUAUUGUCUUAAUAACAUAUAGAACAUGUGUUACAGAUAUAUAAUAUACGUCUAUUUAUACGUAUAGAUACUUGCUUCAUUCCUUCAUCAACAUUCGUUCCUCGUUUCGCCGCAAUUAUUCCUUCCAUUAGAACCCUUAAACGCUAUCACCCACGCCAUACUCGGCGCUGUAUAACAAUAAACGCGAAACCUUAAACCAAACUACCGAGAGACAACAUCUAAACAAACAAAUGAGAUUAAAAAUUACAGUUACGUCGACGUACAAUGGCGGAAGGAGAAAAAGGAAAAGGGAUUUUUAAAAUCGGACUGACUGUUUGUAUCAGCUACAAUCUGUUUCUUGCUGUACGUAUACAUGAUACAUUUCUUUUUUUUUUUUUUUUUUUUUGUUCUUUACCUUUUUAUUUUAUUUCCAUUUUCUUCUUUGUAAAGGUACGCAAAUCGACUGAUCGUUGUUAUCAGUACGAAGCAACGUUGCUCUGUUUUCCGUACGGUGAAACUUGUCCAGAGACCAACUUUUACUUAACUCCGUUAAAAAAAAAGAAUGAUUUGAAAAAAGAGAAAAAGAAGUAAAGAGGUCAGACGAUCGAUUUUUACGAUAUGGUAUACGUAUACGAAGAUCGGAGAAGAAAAACGAGAUAAGUGGAUUAUAUAACUUUUGUUGAUUUUCUGACCCUAACGUUACUUUAUCAUUGAGAAGAAUCACACGAGAUCACAUAAUUUUAAAGAUUUCCCGAUUUUAAUGUCGCUUGUGUAUGAUUAAAUAUUGCAGAACAACAAAAUUUCGUUCGUUUUCUUUCGGAAUUUCUAUGUAACGUAAUUGAAAAUAGACGAGCAAUAUUUUAACGUGGUGACAACGAUAUUAUGUAAUUUAAUAUUUCGAUAUUAUGAAAAUUUUGAAGAGGACGAAGAAACGCAUGUUCGGAUCCAAGUAACGUGACGUUUAUCGACAAAGCACGCCGAACUUGAAAACUACUUUCCUAUAAAAAAUAGAACAUUUAACUGUUCUUUGCUCAGAAUCUUUAGCUUAUAGAAUAUUAUAAUAUUUUAACUCUUUCUAUAAAAUUACCUUUUAAUACAAUAUCAAAGAAAAAGUAGGUAUUUCUCAAUACCGUAUUGAUAAUAUAACGAUAAUUCAAGUUUGUAGAAAAAUAUUUUUUAAACUUAAGCCUGAUCAGAUAGUCAGCUGAGGCUUAACAGAGAUUUAUCGUUGUUAGUAUUAAGAAUAGCCAGAGUUAAUCGUAGUUGUUGACCAAUGAAGAGUCCAAUUAACAAACUAAAGUCUCGUCGAAGUGACGCGAUGAUUUUCUUAAAUGAUAUUCAUAAGACAAAAAGGAUUGAUCAAUAAAGUAACGCGUUGUGUGUCAACUGGAACUGAAGGAACUGUAGAAGUAGAAACGUGUUUGCAUUGCGUAUUUCCGUGUAAAUAACGUAAAAUAUCGAACGAAACGAAAAGGUUAGCAUCGCCGUGUUUCGUCGUUGAAGUCCACGGUACACGAAUCGAUAAAAUUCUAAAUGUAUUUCGUUCUUUUUCUUUCUUUUUUUUUUUUAAUACACAUUAAUAUUAACAUAAACAUAAAUAUAACACGCAGUAAAUAAAUCAAUGACCCUUUUUUUCUUGCUUUUCUAAAUCGUAUAUUUGAUAUACAACUUCACUGACCUUUCGCAAAUAAUCAAAAUGUGAUUAACAGCAAAGUAUAUAAUGUAGAUAAAGGAAGUACAGUAAGAAACGCUACACUUUUUACUAAUACAGAUACAUGGAGGCCCUGUAGAAAUAUAUAUAAAAAAAAGAAAAUUAUUGCACCGUGGCCUUCGACUGACCGAAAAUAUCGAAUGAUUAUUUCGUAUCAAUGACGCUUCGUCUUUGCGGCACCGAUUAAACUCGUCUUCAAAAUUUAAAGCUACGCGUUCUCGUUCACAGACGAAAUAUUACAUUAUAAAGCAGAGAAUAUCGUAGUUGUAGGAUUCGCGGAAUAUUCGAACAUUUUCAGUGAGUAUUAUCGUUUCGUAUUAUGGUACAACAUGCAAGAUAUAGCGUAAUUCUAGAUAUUAAAUAACAAGUAAUUCCUUCUUAAAAUAACAUAUAAUAAACGAUUUCUUUGUAGAAUUAAUUAUUUGGAUAAAUAAUUAAUCUUUCCAACGGAACAUUUUCUUUUAUUCUUUGAAAAUUCUCAGUGGAGCGUAAUUCUAAAUAUUAAACAACGAGUUGUUCCUCUAUCAAAGACAAGUAAAAGAGAAGGGAGAAUGCGUUAUAGAACUAUUUCGACACGUAAUUAAUCUUCUCUUUCUUGUUUUCGAGAAAAUUGAUAUCUAAAAUAUUUUCUAUCCUCCGUUUCUCAAAAAUUUUUGAUAGAGGAUUUCAGUCAUAAUAACUUUUCAAGAUUGAUUAAUCGUUCUAGCAAACUUUUCAUAUACACAUAGAAAUAUAUUAAAUCCCUUGAAUGAAUGUACUACGAUCAGCAACGCCGAUUCAAUGGGGAAAAAUGUUCGAUGUGAGUGAUCGGCCAACUUUUCCAAUCUUCGUAGAAAACUAAACGAUUGUUCAUUGACAAUGACAAUUAAUUACUUUUCUAGAAAACUCUAAUUCAGCUGACACACCGAGCGGUAUUCUACACAACGCUGUUCGAUAUUUCCGAGUAGAAGUUGCGUCCAAAGGAAAUUUCUUUCCAAUGUUUCGCCGGCGUUGCAGCUAACUUCUUCGCUGUCUAAAAACGCACCAUGACGGACAUCGGAUUUCAGACAGCGGAAAAGCUAGUUGCGAUGCUGGUGAAACACCGGAAAGAAAUUUCUUCCGAACGCAGUUUCUAAUCGAACGUCUCGAGCAUAAUUGUAUAAUGAAUUUGGAAUAUAAUUAUUGUAUACAACAGUGUCAGGUGCGACGAUCCGGGCCGUGAAAGCCUCAAAACUCGUAUGCUAAAUCCUUCUGAGAAAAAUUUUGAUUUCCCACGAAUCGCGCUAUAUCUUAAACAACAAUCGAAUAAUUAUACAAAGACAGCGUUCAUGAAAUCGAUGACGAAAUUGAUCGCGAGUAUCGUCGCUCUUUGCGGUCUUCCCUUUGGUUUCUCUCAGACUCUUCCAUCAUUUAUGAACCUAACAAAUUCGCAUUAUUAUUUACGGUCGUGUUACUUGUGCGUAGGAAUAAAUUACAAUAAAAGUCUUUAUCGAAAUUGUCUCGUUCAGUCUUCGCUCUGAUUCGAGCACCUAUCCGUGAUCCAUAGAUCGUGCUUUCUUCAUAAAUAAUGGUAGAUAUUCGUUAAAAUAAUAAUUGCCGAGGACAAAGAGCGCGACAAAUCUUACCACGAACUCAAUUUUUCGAUAGCAAUUUUAGCGAAAAUUUCUCUUUCCGAGUGUAUAGAUUUCUCCUUUGAAAUGAUAUUUAGAAUAGAAACGGCAGUAAAGUGCAAAGAACGACGAUCCAAUACGAAUGAAACAGCAGGUUCGAUUCGAAGAAUCUUUCGGAUGUGAAAGAUCGACGUGAAUUGCAACGAACAGUAUCUACAAACUUAUUUAACAGAUCGACGAAAAGUGGAUUUAAUGUGAAACAAGAAGGAUCCACGACACAGAAAAUAAAUAAACGGCAGCAAAUAUUUAUAAUUAGACUGAUUUUUCAACGGUGACAAGAAUUAUCUUCGUUUCGCGAAUUUAUCUACAGUCUGUUCGUCGCUAAUUCUUAUCUAUUGAUUUCGCAAUCGAAAUUCGACGAUCGGAAGGACGAACGAGUUUUAUCCUCUUUCCGUGCCAAAUUGGGUAAAAAUAAGAGAGGAAAGGAACAGACAUUAAACGAUUAAAAAGUAGCGAGUUAAAAUUAUAAAGUAAAAAUAACUAUUACAAAUGGACAGAGAGAUUAUUCGGUAUUUCCAUGCUCUUCCGUUCGUUCUCUCUCAUUUUUUCUCAAUCAUACGAUCUGAAAUGCGCCGACACGCACACACAUACGCAUACACGCCGCACAUAUACACGUAGUCUUUCCUCCUUCUUCUCCGUUUCUCUCUCGCACCUUAACACCAUAAUAGUUGUCCAUUUAAACUUCGUUAAUUAAUUCCUUCUUUCUUCUUCUUGCUUUUUUCUUUCGUUAAAAACUGCAAAAGGCUCGGUAAUUGGACGAAAGCUCACGGCUCUACGGACUAGAGGUGCAACGUAUGCUUACGUGUACAUUAGAAUAUAAAAAUAUACUACCGUUAUAGCUAUGGUUUUUUUUUCUCCCGUUCGUUUCGUCUCGAACGUAGAAACGUCCCCAUUUCAACGACGAAAAAAAAAAAAAAAAGAUGAAAAGAAA